AUGUGCAAGCACGUCGCUCUGACCGCGCUGCCUGUCCUCCCCCUCCCCGUCCUCCCCGUCCUCCCCGUCCUCCUCGUCUUUUCCUUCCGGCGCAACGUCUUCAAGGAGCACCCGAACGCGCCCAUCGCCCAUCGCUUCCUCGACGAGUUGUUGCGGCUGCUUUGA